AAUGAUGGCCGCCGGGGCUUCUGGGCCUCACGAGAUCGGAGUGCGAGUUUUCAGGAGUUUGGCCCGAGAAGACAGGAAAAGGCGUAGAUUCGUGAGCACAGAUUGGCUGAAGCCCGAAGCGUUCUUGUUGCUGAUUGGCUCUGUCCUUCGCGGGAAGGAGUUUGUGGCGCCAGCGAAAAGCAGAUACAGCGCAGCAGGAGCGGCAGGGGUCUUGAGGGGGUUCGGCGAACCCUACAGCGGGAACCUUCUGGAACUCUCUGAGGGAAUCGUGUCGAAGAUGUGGAAUAGUGGAUUUGAAAGCUAUAGCACCUCCUCUUUCGGGGGAACCGGCGGCUACACACAGUCCCCUGGGGGCUUUGGAUCUCCGACAGCUUCCCAGGCCGAAAAGAAAUCGAGAGCUCGAGCUCAGCACAUUGUACCCUGUACCAUAUCACAGCUGCUUUCUGCUACUCUGGUUGAUGAAGUAUUCAGAAUUGGAGACGUUGAGAUUUCACAGGUCACUAUUGUGGGGAUUAUCAGAAAUGCAGAGAAGGCUGCAACCAACAUUGUUUACAAGAUAGAUGACAUGACAGCUGCACCCAUGGAUGUUCGCCAGUGGGUUGACACAGAUGAUGCCAGUGGUGAAAACACUGUGGUCCCUCCAGAAACAUAUGUGAAAGUGGCUGGUCAUCUGAGAUCUUUCCAGAACAAGAAAAGCCUGGUAGCCUUUAAGAUCAUGCCCCUGGAGGAUAUGAAUGAGUUCACCACACAUAUUCUGGAAGUAGUCAAUGCACACAUGAUGCUGAGCAAGUCGAACAGCCAGCCUUCAGCUGGGAGAGCACCUGUCAGCAAUCCAGGAAUGGGUGAAGCUGGGAACUUCGGUGGGAAUAACUUCAUACCAGCAAAUGGCCUCACUGUGGCCCAGAACCAGGUGCUGAAUUUGAUCAAGGCUUGCCCAAGACCUGAAGGAUUAAACUUUCAGGAUCUCAAGAACCAACUCCAACACAUGUCCGUAGCCUCAAUCAAGCUAGCUGUGGAUUUUCUAAGCAACGAGGGACACAUCUAUUCCACCGUGGAUGAUGAUCAUUUUAAAUCCACAGACGCAGAAUAACUGGAUCUAAUUGGGUACCCAAGAUAUUUUCCAGUUGGACCUUUUUUUGCAGCCUCUUGUCUCCAGCUGUGCAUAUAAUUGGCGAGUUGACUUCUAGGAAGUAGAUUUCAUCUAUAAAAGAUCUCAACUGACAUCCUUUUGAAACUUACUACUACUCUUCUGUGUUUUUGAUGGACUUCCCUGGUGCCUCAGAUGGUAAAGCAUCUGCCUACAAUGCGGGAGACCCAGGUUCGAUCCCUGGGUCAGGAAGAUCCCCUGGAGAAGGAAACGGUAACCCACUCCAGUAUUCAUGCCUGGAAAAUACCAUGGACCGAGGAGCCUGGUGGGCCACAAUCCAUGGGGUUGCAAAGAGUCGGACACGACUGAGCGACUUCUCAGCGACUUCUGUGAUUUUGAAGCUCAAAGGGAUAUGGGCCACUGAAAAAAAUAUAAAAGGAGCACAUUUUUUAAAGAAGUAACAGAUUAGUUAGUUACAACAUCAAGAUAAAUGGAAUUGAAAGAGAGAUGCUACCAAGAGAGUUGGGCAGUACUGCUUAAAUAAUGCUCGAGAGUUUCUAUUCUUAAAUUGUUUCCUCUUGAGAGAAGAUGAGCAGCACUGGGCCCACUCACCUCUGCCUUUUUUUGUUCCCCACGUUGGUUAUGUGGUGGUACUUUCAGAAUCACACUUUUUUUACCUUGCCAUAAUAGCUGCCAAAAGUGUGUUUUUAUAAACAUGGGGUUCUAGAGUGCUGGCUUCCUGGGGCAGAGGAAAGAAAGAAAUGCGUGUUGUACAAAAUAAGUACGUUCAUAUGUUUAAUAAAAUAGUUCUAUUAUUGAAGUAACUUGUAAAAA